CAUUUUCAUUUAUUUUUUAGGGUUGCUUUUGUAAUGAAGAAGCACCUAAAUACUCACCUACUAGGCAAACAUGGAGUUGGCACCCCAAAAGAAAGGAAAUUUACAUGCCACUUAUGUGAUAGAAGUUUCACAGAGAAGUGGGCCUUGAACAACCACAUGAAACUCCACACAGGAGAAAAGCCUUUUAAGUGCACCUGGCCCACAUGUCACUACUCAUUCCUCACGGCCUCGGCGAUGAAAGACCACUACAGGACGCACACAGGCGAGAAGUCGUUUCUCUGUGACCUCUGCGGCUUUGCCGGUGGGACCCGACACGCCCUCACCAAACACCGCCGGCAGCACACAGGAGAAAAGCCUUUCAAAUGUGACGAAUGUAACUUUGCCUCUACAACCCAAUCACACUUGACUCGUCAUAAGCGUGUACACACUGGAGAGAAGCCCUACAGGUGCCCGUGGUGUGACUACAGGUCAAACUGUGCGGAGAAUAUCCGCAAACACAUUUUACACACCGGCAAACAUGAAGGUGUCAAGAUGUACAACUGCCCAAAGUGUGACUAUGGGACAAAUGUCCCCGUGGAAUUCCGGAACCACUUGAAAGAGCAGCAUCCUGACAUUGAGAACCCUGACCUCGCGUACCUGCAUGCUGGCAUUGUGUCCAAGUCCUACGAGUGCCGCCUGAAAGGACAAGGAGCCACCUUUGUGGAGACGGACAGCCCCUUCACUGCAGCCACCCUGGUGGAGGAAUCACCUGUCAAGGAGAAGUCCCUGAGAGGCAGCAAGAGGCAGGCGUCCCCGCCAGAGCAGGUCCAGCAGGUCAUCAUCAUCCAGGGCUAUGAUGGGGAGUUCGCCCUGGACGCCUCUGUGGAGGAGACAGCUGCGGCCACACUGCAGACCCUGGCCAUGGCGGGCCAGGUGGCCAGGGUGGUCCACAUCACAGAACACGGGCAGGUCAUUGCCACGAGUCAGAAUGGGUCUCACGUGGGCAGUGUGGUACCUGGGCCUAUCCUCCCAGAGCAGCUGGCUGAUGGAGCCACCCAGGUGGUUGUCAUGGGGGGUUCUGUGGAGAGUCCCAGUGUGGAUGAGGACCUCAGUCCAGGUGGAGCUGUGAUACAGCAGGUCACCAAGCAGGAGAUGCUGAGUGUCUCUGAGGCUGCGGUCCCUCCAGCAGACACCUCCUCAGCCUUAGAUGCACUGCUGUGCGCUGUCACUGAGUUGGGAGAGGUGGAGCACAGAGCAGGGCAUGAGGGAAAGGGCAGGCCUGGCCACAAGGACGUGCUGAUCCAGCUGCCCAGCCAAGAACCAGCCCAUGCUCAUGCCGACACAGAGGCUGCAGAGACUCCGCUGUUCCAGGAUGGUCAAGAGAGCCCAGCGGCCAUGGAAGUACUGACGCAGGUUGUCCGGCCCUCGGCCAUCAUCACGUCUCAGGAACGAGCCCAGGUGGCCUUCAAGAAAAUGGUUCAGGGAGUCCUCCAGUUUGCUGUGUGUGACACAGGUGCCGCCAGCCAGCUGAUGAAGGAUGGCGUGACCCAGGUCAUCGUGAACGAGGAGGGCGCUGUCCACAUGGUGGCUGCAGAAGGCUCCCAGUUCAUCAUGCAGGAUGCUGAGACCCAUGGCUUACGGGUGCCAGCUGAGCAUGUGGACCUGGUAGAGUCAGAAGGGGAGAUCUCACAGAUCAUUGUGACUGAAGAGCUGGUCCAAGCCAUGGUCCGGGAAUCCAGCAGCAGCUUCCCUGAGGGAGCCACCCACUACAUUGUAACAGAGUUGCCUCCGGGGGUGCAGGAGGACACAGGGGUUUACUCCCACACGCUGAUAGAGACAGCCAGCGCUCCAGAGAUCCUGCAGGCGGGGGCUGCCCUCGGUGCUGAGGCUGUGGGCGCAAGCAGCACGGAACAGUUGACCAGCAUGGUCAUCUAUACCCAGGAUGGCUCCCCAGCAGCCACAGUGAUCCAGAGCCAAAGAGAAAACAGUGAGCUCCAAGAAGCAUGAGGCAGGCCUCCAUGCUAGGUGCAGGGCAGUGUGCAAAGACCUGCUCGGGCCGGCGUAGAGGCCGCCCAGCUUUGCUUGUGAGGCUUGCUCCCUUGCUUUGGAGGUGUGCUGAGCAGGCCUUCAGCAGGGGAGCACAGAACCACGCCUACACCUAGGUAGCCCAGCAACCUAAGAAGAGUCGGUAGGCAGGAUGAACCCUGUGCCGUAGAGCUGGUCUCAGGCCCUCUGCUCAUGGCCCUGCCCCUCCAGCACCACUGUGGUGAGAAGCAGUUUCCCCUGGUUUUACUUCCAUACUUGUUCCCUUUUAAGUCAUCAGAAGACAGAAGACGGUGUCCGCUGAUGGGAACAGGAAAUGCCUCUCGCCUCAUCCGCACCUCUGCCGCUGCCCUGCAGCUCUGUCAUCUCCCCCCACCUCCGGUUAAAAAUCGGAGCUAUUAAGUUUAAGAUACUGGUGUUCCCAGACCAAAGGAAGCCUGUUAGUUCAUUUUCUGUAUAAAUUUCCUCCCUGCAAACAUGUUAGGUGUUUCCUUUGCCAUGGUCAUUCUGCACAAGAGAAAUCUUUCAUUUGUGGUUUGAAAAGUCUUGAAAUUUUUAUUGAGUUAAAAUCCACCUUGGUUAAGAUAAUUGAUUCUCAUCCUGAAUUCCAUAUCAUAACAUCUGUACAUGAAAUGUCUACUGUGGAAAAUACUGCUCAUUGCUUUUUAUAACAAAUAUUUGUUUGUAUCAGUACCAUUUUUUCCAGGAUUUAUUUGUGACUUUCUGAGAGCAGGAAGGCUGAUGGCAAACAUUACGGUCAACGCCCACCCUCUGCCCCCUCCCUCCUGCUUCCUGGUAGAUUCACUGUAAGUGCUGGGUGCAGGGUUGUGUUCCGCUAAUUUCUUGAUUCCAAUGCUUUUUAUUUUUUUUUUCAAAUUUGUAAAAUAACCCCUUUCCUCAGAGGCAAAAUUGUUUUUGUUGUUUUCUUUGAAAUAAAAUUAUAGCA